AUGGUUUUGCUGACACCGGUGCUGUCGCUGCUGCUCUCCUGGGCUGCGGCGGAGACGUGCCGGGGGACGCGCUGCUUCGGCGGGGGCUCCGGAGACCCUGGCCCGGGCAGCAGAGCCUCCAGACCCCCGAGCACCCAAGGGAGCACCCAGGGGAGCACCAUGGGGAGCACCCAGUGGAGCACCCAGGGGAGCACCCAGGGGAGAUGGGCGCACCCCGCCGGGGCGCAGCAGCAGGACGUGCGGCCGCGGAUGCGAGCGCCUCCAGCGCUUCUUCCAGGAUGCUCCGGCGCGCACUGCGCCGGCUCGGGGAGACGCAUCCCCAUCCCCAUCCCCAUCCCCAUCCAGCCCGGCAACGACACCCGGGACUGCCGGGGGAUAGAGUGCCGGCUGCCGCUGAGGAUCCGAGCCAAGCCCCGGGGAAGCCGGUCCUGCGUAGGGGACGGCUGCGCCCCGGUCCCGGAGGAGGAGAGCGCGCCCCCGGACCCGGUGCGUGUGUCCGACAGAGCCGCGCAGUUCCUGGCCGACUUCCCCGAGUUUGGAUCAUAUCCGUCGCCGGAACUCGGCGGGGCGCCUUUGGGAGUCCAGCUCACAUGUGACAUAAAGCCAGGGGAAAAUGAGGUUCCUUCAGAGGACGCCCUGAUCCUGCACCUCCAGCUGGCCAAGGGGCAGGAGAAGUUGGUGGAGGCCCUGCGAGCCCAGCAGGUCAUCAUCCACGACCUCCAGCAGAAGCUGGCCGACCAACAGGAGGCGCUGUUGUCCCAGCAGCACGAGAUCUUGGAGCAGCAGCGGCGCAUGUACGAGCAGAUGGACGUGGUGAAGGCUCAGUUCGGCCUUCUCUCAGAAACCAUCAAGCAAGUCUCCUUCCAGGGCUUGCAGGGGGAGCUGCAGAGCUACUUCGAGAGCCACCUGGCGGGACUGCAGAGCCAGGCCCGCAGCCACCUGCAGAAAUCCUACGCCGUCCACAAAAUGGACAUGGACUCAAAGGUGAUGGAUGUGAUGGGGGAGGCUCACUUCCCUCAGCCUUUGCUGGGAUGUCCUUCCCCGUGUGGACAGGAGGAGUACUGUGAUUUUCAGAGGGAUCCACCGCGGUGUGUGAAGUGCACCAUGUGCCCACCGGGCUUCUUCCUCAUCUCCCAGUGCUCCCCGACUGCAGACAGAAUGUGCCAGGACAGAGAUGAAUGCCUUGAACUACCGAAUAUCUGUGGGGAGCGCGUGAAGUGCCUUAAUACUCCAGGAGGGUUCAGGUGUCUGGGAGUUUCCGAGAGUGAGGCGGUGACCGGCCUCUGCGGUAACGACUACUUCUACAACCAGGAGCUGCAGGAGUGCCAGGCCUGUUCCGACUGCGCCGAAGAGCCCGUCACCGUUCCCUGCACAGCAAUCAGCGACUCCGUCUGCGGCCGGCCUUCAGAGAGCCGACUCUCCCGGUCCUGGACGGCAAAUGUGGCGGUUCCCCUUGCCAGGGCAUCUGGCUCCCACAUCUUCCCCGGCCUGCAGCUGAACAUCCGAGAAAAGGAGAGCAGUGAUCUCCUGUCCAACGAGGCUGGGCGGGUGAUCUUCCUGCAGCACGGUCUGGUGUGGUUGGAUCAUAACUUUGCGAUAAAGCACAGCUGCAGGAACUUCCUGCAAGUAGGCAUGCGGCUCAAUGGAAGCCAGGAAGAGGAAGGGCAGGACCUCAGCGCCGUUCGUAUCGAACAGCCGGACGGGAAGUAUUUCCAAGGGGUCAGCGUGAGCAGUGGGGUGGAGGUGGAGCCCAACCACACUCUCACAUUGCUGCUCAAGAGUCCCAACCACCACUGUAAUCAGAGCAAGGAUCUCCAAUUCUACGACGUCGCCACUCCUUCUUUGAGUCUGCUGUGGUUAUCUCACGAUACCGGUGCCGUAGCCAUGACGGCACAGAUGUCUCUCUUGGCACAUUACCAGAGCAGCUACCGGCCGACUUUACGCGUGACGUCGGUGUCCGACCCUUACAUGAUCAGCCUGACUCACGACAGCCGAGGCGUUCGCUUCACGGAGAGCGGAGUGGUGAAGUUCGUGGUCCAGCAGGCGCUCUACUCCAUGGGCCACACCUGCGUCCGGGAGGGUUUCUCUCUGAUCGCCUACACCACCCAGAACGGGACCGGCCUGGAGGCCAUGCAGGCCUUCAAGACCGGCGUCAACUACAGGGACACGUCCGUCACGCUCUCCGGCUCCGUGAGCGUGGACAGCAAGGACACCCUCAGCUUCGAGAUCCGAUCCCCGUCUCAGUGCAACAUCCGCUACUUCGGGGACGGCACCGGGAUCAGCGUGUUGAGCCUCAUCUGGGUUCCUUCGGCCGUGUCGUCGGCCUUGAUGGCUACGGUGUCACGGACCGGUCUCCCUUUUGGUGCGGUCAGGAAUAAAGUCCUGCUUUUCCAGCAGACCAGCCCGGAUACGCCGCAGGUUCACCUCGCCCGCUCAGGGGAGCCAAACCCCCGGAAGAACUUCAUAUUCCACCAGAGAGGGACAGCAAACGUUGCCCUCAACCUCAAAUUGAUCCACUCGUGUAACGUGGUUAAACUCACUCUGCAGAGAGUGGGCGGGCAGGACCAGCAGGCCGGUCCUGUGGCCCAGCAGGUGACCGGAUCCAUGCCGGACGGGAGCGAGUGGGCCAGCGUUGGACUAAGAGCUUCCUUUCAGGUCCAGAAUGGAACAGCUCUGUAUGUUACUCUGGACUGUGUCCGAGGACGAGUUAAUCAGAUAGCACACGAGGGAGGGACGAACAUUUCAAUUCUCUGGGUCGCGUUGUGAACAGAACUUUUGUCAUCAGUGCAUUUUGCAAAACAAAGACAUUCUUGCACAAUAUUGACGAGUCAAACCGAUUCAAAAUCUACCAAAUUAAGAACGAGUAUUGAUAGAUUAAAAAAAAACGUACUCGUUCUGCCAUUUUAAUAUUUUUUUUAAAUGUUUAUUUCUUAACCCAUUUAGAUAUCGAUCGUUACAUUUCAAGGGAAAACUUAAGUACGGCUUUAUCUUGAAGUACUUCAGCUGGUUGAGCAGUGACCAAUUAUAGAUCUAAUGUCUGAGUGUGUUUCUAUGUGUAAGUGUGUAUAUACAGUGGUGCUAAAAUACGUAUAUGCAAUUGUACACAGACAUUUGCAUGCCUUGUUUUGCAUAUAUGUAUGAAUCCUUUAAUAUUUAUGAACAUUCAAUCCAGCAUAUAUUUAACAGAUACAAUAUGUGACAAACUUUUCUACUACCGGUAUAUGAGCUGGGUUUUAGAGC